UUGGGGCGCGUUAGCGGCGGGUCCCCCGCUGCCGCGCUGAAUCCACAGGCGGGCGAAGCCGGUCAUGGCGCCGCCGCCGGCCUCGGAGGGCCCCGAGGCGCCGCCACUGCAGUACAGCCUGCUGCUGGAGCACCUGGUGGGCGAGCGGCGGCGGCCCCGCGCCUGGGACCCCGCCGCCCUGGGCGGCAUCCCCAGCCCGCCCAAGAGCGAGGAGCAGAAGAUGGUGGAGCGGGCCAUGGAGAGCUGCGCCUUCAAGGCGGCGCUGGCCUGCGUGGGAGGGUUUGUUCUGGGGGGCGCGUUCGGCGUGUUCACAGCGGGCAUCGACACCAACGUCGGGUUCGACCCCAAGGACCCCUACCGCACCCCGACUGCAAAGGAGGUCCUCAAGGACAUGGGGCAGCGAGGCAUAUCCUAUGCGAAGAACUUUGCCAUUGUGGGCGCCAUGUUCUCUUGCACCGAGUGUCUGGUAGAGUCUUAUCGUGGAAAGUCGGACUGGAAGAAUAGCGUUAUUAGUGGCUGCAUCACAGGAGGAGCAAUCGGCUUCAGAGCUGGUUUGAAGGCAGGGGUUAUCGGAUGUGGUGGAUUUGCUGCGUUCUCUGCAGCAAUUGAUUACUAUCUACGGUAACAGCAAGAUCCCACAGGGCAAGUUUCCUCUACAUCACAGCAGAGGAACCAUCAGGCGUACCUUUCCACUGCCUUUUGAGUCCUGAUCAGUGCAAGCUGGAGGGCACUGGCAGCUCUUCCUGAAUGACUAACAAUAAUCUGGCUCUGAGCCCUGGCGUGCUGCUUCAGGCGGAGUUGCAGGAAUAUGCGAGGAUGGAGCGAGCCAGACACAGUGAGCAGUAUCACCAGUAUGGAUCAGCUGACUGUCGGUUUCCAGGAAUCAAGCCUGGAGCUUUCUAGAUCCUUUGGGUCUGAUUUUAAUUAAAUCUGUUGCUAGCAUCGAAAGAGGCAGGAGGACAGUCUUUGUAAAGAAAUGCACUGGUUUAGGUUACUGUGUAUUUGAACAUGCUGCAAGUAUUUAACAGUUACCACUUUGCUGCUUGCUACUCUGUUGGGGAGAAGUAAGAUCCUGUGGAGAAAUACUUUGUUCCAGGCUUUUCUUAAAAUAUCAACUGAAGACAAA